AAAAGGAAAAAGGAGCAAAAAAUAAAAACAUACAACAGCCGGUGUUCGCUGGUGGUCACCCACCCAACUACUAAUCUGCCGGUUAGUGGCUUAUCUAUGGGGGAGCGGACGGGACCCCGAGUUUUCCACUACCUAUGGUCGUAUGUGCUUGGAACUCUAUUGCAUCAACUUAUAUGCGACAUGGACUUCAUGAUGUCUCAUUCCACAAACCACAGCGCGUCGAGACCCGCACCUUCACGAUGGCAUCGUCAGAGCUUCUUCCCUUCAACGUCUCGACAUCGGCAGCCAUGCCCUGGAUUCUGCAGUUCUCUCUUUCACAUCCGGCAUAGAAAAGGAAGGUAG